CUCUCUCUCUCUCUCAUAACCUAAAACCCAACUCCCUCUACUUCUCACUCACUCUAGGGUUUCCAUUCUCUCUCUACCAUUUCAAAAAUUGGAACUCAGAAAAACCCUUUUUCCUUCGCAAGUUAGCGACUUUUACCCCGAUACCCUCCACCGCACUCUGAAAUUUCAGUUAGGGUUAGGGUUCCGCCGAUCCCAGCAUCCAUGGCUUCCCCGGCAGUCAUCUCCCAACCGCGCUCCUCCAAGACCGAGUCUUAUGUCGAUAACAAGCGCAAGGAGGACGUCCGCCAGGCCAACAUCACCGCCGCUCGCGCAGUCGCCGAUGCCGUCCGAACCAGCCUGGGACCCAAGGGCAUGGACAAGAUGAUCUCCACCGCCAACGGCGAGGUUAUCAUCACCAACGACGGCGCCACGAUUCUUAACAAGAUGGAGGUCCUCCAACCGGCCGCCAAGAUGCUUGUCGAGCUUUCCAAGUCCCAGGACGCAGCCGCCGGUGACGGCACCACUACCGUCGUCGUCAUUGCCGGUCUCCUGAAACAGUGCCAGGUCCUUCUGUCCCACGGCAUUCACCCGACUGUGAUCUCCGACUCUCUCUAUAAGGCCUCCACCAAAGCCGUCGACGUCUUGACCGCCAUGGCCGUCCCCGUCGAGCUCACGGACCGUGAUUCGCUUGUCAAGUCUGCAAGCACAUCGCUCAACAGCAAGGUGGUGAGCCAGUACUCGACUCUGCUCGCGCCGAUGGCCGUGGACGCUGUGCUCUCCGUGGUGGACCCCGCGAAGCCAGAGGUGGUGGACCUGAGGGAUAUCAGGAUCGUGAAGAAGCUUGGAGGAACCGUGGACGAUACUGAGACGGUGAAGGGACUUGUUUUCGAUAAGAAGGCGAGCCACGCUGCUGGUGGGCCGACAAGGAUGGAGAACGCCAAGAUUGCUGUGAUUCAGUUCCAGAUUUCGCCUCCAAAAACCGAUAUCGAGCAGAGCAUUGUCGUCUCGGAUUAUACUCAGAUGGAUAGGAUUUUGAAGGAAGAGAGGAAUUACAUUCUGGGUAUGAUUAAGAAGAUCAAGGCGACCGGUUGCAACGUUUUGCUGAUUCAGAAGAGUAUUCUGAGAGAUGCAGUUACUGAUUUGUCCUUGCAUUACUUGGCGAAAGCGAAGAUCUUGGUGAUCAAGGAUGUGGAGAGAGAUGAGAUUGAGUUCAUCACCAAGACUCUGAAUUGCUUGCCCAUUGCGAAUAUCGAGCAUUUCCGGGCAGAGAAAUUGGGUUAUGCUGAUCUGGUUGAGGAGGUUUCACUUGGUGAUGGGAAGAUUGUGAAGAUAACGGGGAUUCAAAACAUGGGUCGGACCACCACUGUGCUGGUUCGCGGGUCAAACCAGCUGGUGCUAGAUGAGGCGGAGCGGAGCCUGCACGAUGCUCUGUGUGUGGUGAGGUGUUUGGUGAGCAAAAGGUUUUUGAUUGCAGGUGGCGGUGCGCCAGAGAUUGAGCUGUCGAGGCAGUUGGGGGCGUGGGCUAAGGUGCUGCAGGGGAUGGAGGGUUAUUGUGUGAAGUCGUUUGCUGAGGCGCUCGAGGUUGUUCCCUAUACGCUGGCUGAGAAUGCCGGGUUGAACCCAAUUUCAAUUGUGACUGAGCUGAGGAACCGGCACGCACAGGGAGAGAUCAACACCGGGAUUAAUGUGAGGAAGGGGCAGAUUACCAACAUCUUGGAGGAGAAUGUGGUGCAGCCAUUGCUCGUCAGCACAAGUGCCAUCACUCUGGCUGCCGAGUGUGUGCGGAUGAUUUUGAAGAUCGAUGACAUAGUUACAGUAAGAUAGAUUUGGAUACAUGAUAUUUUAUCUGUUGCUCAUUCGAGGCGGAUUUCUGUUCCGAAUUUUGGUACUGGUUCUGGAUGUUUACUUUGGAUUUGAACUUUGUUUUCGUGUUUGUUAGCGGAUGUUAUGUAACCUACCUUUGCCCGUUUACAUUCAUCGAAUCUGUUUGUUGUGUUAAGGUUUUCGUGCCAAUAUCGAGUUCCUGCGCACAAAUUAGACUCUAAUUUAUUGAAUUUCAUUGUGCAUUGCUCUGUGA